AUGAAUAUUAUUAUGAGCUUGUUGUUGUUCAUUUUUCUGUAUUUAAUUUCCCCAAAAAUAAUAUGCGGUAGCAUAGUACCCCUUGCACCUGCAUUGUAUUUAUUUGGAGACUCCUUAUUGGAUAGUGGCAAUAACAAUUUUCUUCCAACUAUUGCAAAAGCAAAUUAUUUGCCUUAUGGUUCUAAUUUUGCUAUUGGUCCUACCGGAAGAUUCACUAAUGGAAGAACUGUUGCAGAUUUUAUAGCUGAAUAUCUUGGAUUGCCAUAUCCUCCACCAUACUUGAGCUUAAAAGGUCGAAUAUCAUUAUCUGGAAUCAAUUAUGCAUCCGGUUCUUGUGGAAUUCUGCCAGAGACUGGUAAUAUACUUGGAAAAUGUAUAACUUUGAGUGAACAAAUAAACUUAUUUGAAAGGACAGUUGAGACAAAUUUGGGUGAGAAGCUAAAAAACAGAAAUGAGGUAUCUGAUUAUUUAUCAAAGUCUAUAUACUUAGUUGCUGUGGGGAGCAAUGACUAUAUCAACAACUACCUUGCAACCAAGUAUUAUGACACUAGCAAGCUCUACCAGCCUCACAUCUUUGCUCAACUCCUCAUUCACAAACUCUCCGAACAAUUUCAGAGAUUGUACAAGUUGGGAGCUAGGAAGAUAGUGAUGUUUGGAAUUGGACCAAUAGGGUGCACCCCACCAAUCUCAAAAACACAAUUACACAAAGGUGAUUGCUUGGAGGAAACAAACCAAAUUGUGUCAUACUUCAAUGAGAGGCUUCCUUCAUUGCUAAGCAAUCUCACAUUCACUCUUCCACACUCCUCCUUUGUUCUUGGUCAUGCCUAUUCCAUACUUGAUGCAUUCACAAAUCCUUCCACUUAUGGUCUAACGGAUGCAAAAAGUCCAUGUUGCAAUGCUUUGGAAAAUGGAACUGCAGCUUGUAUCCCAUUGACAAAACCCUGCAUGAACCCAUUUGAACAUUUCUUUUGGGAUGGUUAUCAUCUUACAGAGGCAAUGUAUUCUUAUAUAGCUUCUGCAUGUCUAAAUGGUAAUAAGGUCUGUACACCACUCAAUAUUCAAGAGCUUGUCAAAUUGUAA